AUGUCUGGCCCCGUCCCAGUCGCAAAGUCCCUGGCGGACAUCUACCCCCCAACCGCCGUCGACGUCGAGACUCCGCGAUGGAACAACCUGCUCGCAAAGUUCGAAAAGGACUUUGGCCACCCGGCGCACUUCAUCUCGCGGUCGCCCGGCCGCGUCAACAUCAUCGGCGAGCACAUCGACUACUCGCUGUACUCGGUGCUGCCCAUGGCCAUCACCGCCGACGCCAUCAUCGCCGUGUCGACCAAGCCGGUCGCCGCCGACGCAACGACGUUCAAGGUCCGCGUGCACAACGUCCAGGACGCCAAGUUCGCCCCCGGGGAGUUUGACGUUCCGAUCGGGAGUGAUGUCGACAUUGAUUCCACAGUGUUCGAGUGGACAAACUACUUCAAGAGCGGGCUUCGCGGCGCGCUGGGCCUCCUGUACCGCAAGAAAGGGGCCGGCUUCCGCCCCUGUGACAUGGAAGUGCUUAUGGACGGCAACGUUCCCGUUGGCGGAGGGCUGAGCUCAAGCGCCGCCUUUGUCACCGCCAGUGCUCUGGCCGUCAUGGCCGCCAAUGGCGAGAGCGCGGUGGACAAGAAAGAACUAACUGAGCUCGCCAUCGUCAGCGAGCGAGCCGUUGGGGUCAACUCUGGAGGCAUGGAUCAAUCCGCAUCAGUCUUCUCGGAGCAAGGGUCCGCCACAUUCGUGUCCUUCACCCCCGGCCUGUCUGCCCGGCCGGUCAAGUUCCCCCCAACCAGGCCCGAGCUGUGCUUCGUUAUCGCGCAAUCCUUUGUCACGUCCAAUAAACAUGUCACAGGACCCAUCCACUACAACCUUCGUGUCGUCGAGGUCAGCUUUGCGGCUGCUUACCUUCACGCGGUGCUCAACCCACCCGGCACGCAGCUGCCAGAAGACGCAGGCCCUCUCGGCAUUAGCCUCCAGGGAUUCCACGACACAUUCUUCUACCACAACGGCGGGUCGGACUACGCCGCGGCCAAGAGCCUGACCAAGGAGGAGGAGCUGCGCAGGCUCGUCGAGGUCACCAAGGAGACGCUGACCCGGGAGGACGGCUACACGCGGGAGGAAAUCGCCGCCGUCCUCCAGAUGUCCGUGCCGGACCUAGAGCAGCGCUUCAUGGCCAGGUUCCCCGUCCGCGCUGACCGGUUCAAGCUCAGGCAGCGAGCCCUGCACGUCUUUACCGAGGCGCUGCGAGUCCUCGAGUUCCUGACGCUGCUCGAGCGUCCCUUGCACACGGGGGCGACCGACACGACUCAGUUCAACCAGGAGCUCGGACGCCUCAUGAACGAGACGCAGGACUCGUGCAGGGACCUGUACGAGUGCAGCUGCCCAGAGCUCGACGACAUAUGUCGCAUCUCACGUGGCGCCGGGGCUUAUAGCAGCAGGCUGACGGGAGCCGGGUGGGGAGGAUGCACCGUCCACCUCGUGCCCGUUGACAAGGUGCAGGCCGUCAAGGAGGCGCUCGAGCUGCAGUACUAUGCCAAGCUGGACCUGACCGACGAGCAGAGGGAGCAGGCUGUCGUCGUGAGCCGGCCCGCUCGAGGGAGUGCCGUCUAUAUAGUCGAGGGAGGCCAGAUAAGGUGA